CUUUUGUUCCUCUCCUCGUCGGCGUCUUCUCCUCUUCUCUCCGUGGUUGGCGUUGAUGGCUUGUCCUUCCUUGAUUGCCACCAAUGAUGGUUUAUGGGAUGGAAAUGUGAGAUUGAUUGGGUAUGAGAGAUAUUGAGAGUUUAAUAACUUGAUUUGAGAGAAAAUUAGGAGAUUUUAGUGAUUGGGUUGAGGGAAAAUUAUGAGAAUGUGAAUGGGAGAGAGAUUGAUUGUGAGAAAGAGAGAGAGAGAGAGUCUUUGGCAUGUGUUGGAGACAGAGAGAGUAGAUUUUGUGUUCAGGAGAGAAUUAAAUUUGGGUGACAAAAAAAUUGAUUUGGAUGAUUUUGAGUUGGUUGGGUUCAAAUCGGACCUCUUGGGUGAGAGAAAAUGAUUAAUUGGGUCUCUGAAAAUUAAAAUAAGUUAGUCUUAUUUUUUAUUUUUAGAAUUAUGUGUUGGUUGAAAGAAGAAUUGAGUUAAUUAAUUAAUGUGGAGCUGGAAGUAGUUAAAAUAAUUGCCUGAUAAUUUAGAAUAGAUAUUACCUGAUAAUCUCCUUAAAUCAAGUUACAGGAACAGUUGAACUAAGGUGCAGAUUAUUGAUGUAGCAAGCUUGGCCACCAAGCAAACUUGAUGCAGCAGUUAACCCAUAUAUCCUGCUGCCAGAAAAUAAUGUCAUAGUAUCCAGCUUAAUGCAAACCCCGAGACGAUACUUGCACAUGAAUACAGUUGAGUUUCAGGUUUCAGCAAUUUAUUGAGCUGCUUGAUGCUACCUACGUAUAGUUUUGCACUAUAUAUGUGGAAAUAUAGAAAGACGACAACCCCACCCAGUUAAGGAGGUUUCCCUAAUAGAUCAUUGCCAAUUACAGGCCAGGUAUGAUCUCUCCUCAUUUCUUGACUUUACUAUUCAUUCAUCACAACUAGUGUUUUAUUUCAUUAUUAGAUAUACGACAUGGAAAAUCAAGGACCAAGUCCCCUGUUGCUGUGUUGCUUACCCUCUUUACCACCCACGUGUAACCCUCCAUGUCCUACCCAUGAACCUCUUUCAUUUUCCUCCGCCCACGUGUCUGGCAUUUCUACACCCAGAGACAAAUAUGCUCUCUCUUCUCUAAGCACUCCUCCCUCAAAUUCCUCCUGCAACACACAUUCGCUGCCUUUCUUCUCAAAUAUCAAUAAUGGUUCAUUCCCAAUGCAUCAAAAUCGUAUCAGAGACGCAGACAAACUAGAAACCCCACUACCAACAAGAAUAGAGACAUGAGAACUAGGCGUGACAAGAGAAUGGCCAUGGCUAAACGCGGUAUCAGAUCGCUAGCCAUAGCAGUUGCUUUCCCUCUCGCUUUGACCCUCUUCAAUAUCUAUUUAUUUGGCUCCAUUAAUGGUUAUGGCGCCGUAUCAAAACCUUUUCGAUUCUUUCCCAUGUGGGCUCUACACUUCACCUACUUGGCUUCCAGCUCCUUAAUGGGACUCUCCGCUUGGCUUGUUUGGGCUGAAGGCGGGUUCCAUAGAGAACCAACGAUCCUUUCUCUUUACAUGGCACAACUUGGUCUUAGUUUGGCAUGGGACCCGAUUGUGUUCCGUAUGGGAGAGACUUGGAUAGGUUUGGUUGUGUGCUUGGCUAUGUUUGGGGCUCUCGUUGGGUGUUCUCGUCAAUUCAAAGAAGUGAAUCCAAUCGCUGGCGAUUUGGUUAAGCCUUGUUUGGCAUGGGCCACAAUUUUAGCCAUUGUAAAUCUAAAGCUUGUUUUUCUUUGAAAUUUGAAAAGUUGAAAAAUUGAUGUACAGGCUAGAGGGGAUAUUGUUGAUAAAUGGUACUCAGAUGGUGCCUUUGUAAACUUCUCACAA